AUGUCUUGUAAUUAUUUUAAACUAUCUUUGUUUUCUAUCGUACUGUGUAUAUUAGUAUAUACACAUAAGUUUCCCCGUGAAAAUAUAUUUUAUAAUAAAAUAAAUACGGUUGAUAUUAUAAAUGCAACACCUAGGAUAUUACUAGCCGAAGCACAAGAAACAGAUAUAUAUAAAAGCCAUUCAGGAGAAAAUGCACUCACAUACCACACAGGUAAUAAAUUAGACGAAAAUUAUACAGAAUAUCAUAAAACAUCAUCUGAUUGUACAUUGAAUAAUGAAAUUCUAGAAGAAUAUGAUAAUCAAACGGAACAAGUAGAAUUGGGAAAUGAGAAGAAUAAUAAAUCAUUGGUUGAGAAAUCACAUAGAAAAACACAUUGCAAAAAAAUUAAAAAAAUUAGUAAAAUUGCUUUAUUUGCCAUUUUUUGGGAAAUUUCUAUAUGGUAUUUCCCAUUUUAUAUUAUUAAAAGAAAUUAUAAAAAUAAUAAAUAA